GGCAGCCAGCGCAGCCCGGCACGCGGCCCUGGAGCUGCCGCUGCCCAGCCCGGCGCCAGGAGCUGCCGCGGGGCCAGGUCCAUGGGAGCCAUGAGCUGGGCCUGGACCUGCUGCCAUCCUGCCCCCAGGGGGGCCAACCCUGGGGGUGACUAAGACGGAAAAUGGGCUCGUGGUGCCCCAGGCCAGGCUCAGGGCCAGCCAGGGCCAGCUGUGCUGGGGGACUUUGUCGGAAGCUUUAGGGGCAAAGGACAGAGGCAGGACGGCUGGGCCAGCAUGCCGAGAAGCCUCGUUGCUGCUCCUCCUGGUCGCUAUCCCAUCAGCGAGACCCACAGGCAGCAGAGGAUGAAGCCAGCUGGCCCCCUGGCCAAGCCAUGGGCAGCCCUUAGCACAGGGCUCCAGCUGCCGCGCUGACAGGCGGAGGAGAUGCUCCCUCUGGCAGGUUGCAGCGCGUGUACUGCAGCUUCCCAAGCAGCAGGGAGGAGGAGCAUGGGAGUGGAGCCUGGGGCCUGAGGGCGGGGCGGGGCGGCACGAGAUGCUCAGUAAGGAGACCACCCCCUGCCUGGCUCGGAGCAAUGAGGGCAGCCAGGAGAAAGCCACGACCGUACGCUCGGUGCUGCUCAACCGCGACUCGCCCGACAUCGAGACCCGGCUCAAACGCCGACGCAACCGCACCCAGCAGGUACGCUUCAAGGACCUGGUGGAUGGCAACCCUGGGGAGGAGGCGAGCCCCCUGCAGGAGCCAGCAGCCACACCUGACACCAACACCCCAUGUGCCUCUACACCUCCCAGGGAUUCCCCCGAGCUGGUGGCAAACUGUGCCUCGGACGCCCAGUGGGGCUGGCCCCAGGCCAAGCCGGGCUCACUGACGCUGCCUGUGCCCAGCAAGGUGUGUCUGAGCACGGCCAUCCAGACCUCCCCCAGCCUCCAGCAGCAAUUCCCAGCCUCCCGUGUCCGCAGCAAGAGCGCCUGCGACUUCGCCCAGCAGGAGGUGCUGGCCGCCGCCUGGGAGCCCAGCAAGAGCCAGACGGGCUGCCGAGGCCCAGCCAGGGCACCCGCCUCCGCCAGAGCCAGCGGGGAUCUCCCCCACUGCACCCUCACCAGCCUUUCUGCACACAACCACCUCCCUGCCUCCCCCCUCACCCAGCACACCAGCAGAGAGGGGCAGCCAGGCCCCACUCCACAUGCCACUUUGUGCCACGGGCUGACUCCACCGCCCAGGGCUCCUUGCCCACCUUAUCCAGGGACCAUCAGGUGUACCGCUGCCAACUAUACCUCCCAGCAAAAGGGCUGCCCACCAGCGCCCAGCCCCGGCCUCUGCUCCUCCCAGCCCCCUGCAUACACCAGGAACUGUGGGAGCCCUAAGGACAGCCAUGGUGCCCCUGCUCCAUGUCCCCUGCGCCCUCCCUCUGUGCCAUGUGGACAGCCUGGGCCACCUGCAGAGCCACGGCCUCGAAGCAGGAGCCAGUCUGAGCAGGACCUGCCAUCCCAGCCUGCUCAUAACCACAUGGCCGGCAGCCAUGGGCUCGGCCAACCGGCUCAGUGUCCCUCCCAAAGAGACCCCACUGCUGCCCUGCAGCAGCAACACAGCUCGUCCUGGGGCAGCCCCAGCUGCCUCCCUUCAAACCACACCCCCAGCGCAGUCCUGCCACCACCAAGCCAGCCCAGUACUACAGCCACCAUGCUGAAGAAGACACCAGCCACCCUCAGCCACCAGGCUCCCAGCAGUGGAUGGGCCCAAUCUGUGGCUGCAAGGCCCAGCGUCUGCAGCCAGCUGAAGGCCACCCAGACUGAGUGUGGCCUCAUGAACUUGGAGGAGCCUCAGCAACUGACCUCCACAUCCAGCCAGGGGCACCCCCCAAGGACACAGCAAUUCACCCGGACUCCUGGGGCCCCCUGGAGCAACGAGCCGCUGGGUGAGCCCUGUCUGACGGCCAAGCAGCUGGAGACUCUGCACCAGGUUCAGGACCUUCUGCAAUUGGUGGUUGCAGCCAAAGGGCAAGGGGGUCUGUCCAAGGGGGAUGAGCAUUUCCUAACAUCUCGGGGACAUGUGGGUGUGGGGACUGGGCCAAUGGGGGACCUACAGUCACAGCUGCAGUCCCUGGAAGGGGUGCUGGAGACCAGCCAACACACCAUCAAGGUGCUGCUGGAUGUCAUCCAGGACCUGGAGAAGAAGGAGGCCCAGCGGGACGGGUCAUAUCAUUUUUGUUGCUCUUCUCUGGACUUUCUCUAAUUUGCCCACACCUUUUCUGAAGUGUGAUGCCCAGAAGAGGACUCAAUACUCCAGUGGAAGCCUUAUCAGUGCUGAGUAGAGCAGAAGAAUUACAUCUCGUGUCUUGCUGACAACAAUCCUGCUAAUACAUCCCAGAAUGUUGUUCGCUUUUUUUUUUGCAACAGUGUUGCAUUGUUGACUCGUAUUUCAUUUCUGAUCCACUAGAACCCCCAGAUCCCUUUUCACAGCACUCCUACCUAGACAGUCAUUGCCUAUUUUGUAUUUGGGCAACUGAUUGUUCCUUCCUAAGUGGAAGACCUUGCAUUGUCCUGAUUGAAUUUCAUCCAAUGUAUUUCAGACCAUUUCUCCAGUUUGUCCAGAUCAUUUUGAAUUCUAAUCCUAUCCUCUAAAGCACUUGCAAUCCCUCCCAGCUUGGUCUCACCAUCCCCAGACUUGAUAAGCGUGAUCUCUAUGCCAUUGUCCAAAUUAUUUAUCAAGAUAUUGACUAGAAUCAGACCCAGAACAGAUCCCUAUGGGACCCUACUCAGUAUGCCAUUCCAGCUUGACAGUGAACCAUUGAUAACUACUCUCCGAGUACCGUUUUCCAACCUGUUGUGUACCCACCUUAUUGUUGGUUUGUCUAUGAUCUAUAUCCCUAGUUUGUUUAGAGACGAU